GAGAACCUCAUAAAGAUAUUUUUGAUUUAGAUAAACAACAACAAAGUAUGGCAUGUGAUCGCUUAAAGGACGGUUUCCGUAAAGGACAGAGGUUAUAUAACUACCACUUGAGAGAAGAAAGAAAUGUGUAUCCAUUCUACAUACCUGCAAUUAUUUACAUUUUCCUGUUACUUUUACAUGCAUUUUGGGAUCAUAUACCAGACUACUGGAAUAAUGUCUAUAAACAGCCAACAUAUCCAGAUGUACCUCCACCCAUGUUAGAAUACUCCAGUGCACAGUAUCCAAAUGAUAUAACUGUAGUCACAGGCUACUUCAAUCUGGGUACCUUUCAGAAAGGUCCUUUGUCAUAUCUUAAAUUUUCAGUAGAUACAUACAAGAACUGGAUGAAUGCUUAUUCUAAGCUAAAUAACAGUGUAAUUGCUUUUACGGACUCCGAUGAAAUUGCGCAACUGUUCAAAAAAAUGAGGUCAAAAUACUUGCCAGAAUCUUUAACCCAAGUUCAUGUUUUAAAACGAGAUGAUCUGUGGGCAUUUAAACUUGCUCCCAAAAUCAAAGAUAUCUAUUCAGAGCCUAAUUAUCCAAAAUACAUGCCAAACACUGUCAAUGAGUAUUAUUCUUGUGCCAUGCACGUGAAAUACGAACUUCUAGAAAUAGUGAUCAAGAAAAAGCUCCUGAAGACUCGUUAUGUAUCUUGGGUAGACAUUGGUUAUUUUCGUGAGGAAAUGAACAAACUGUUUCGGAUGGAGCCUCCAGAUAAUUUGAAAGAGGGCCACAUAGUGUACACCCAGAUCCAUCCAUUCUACGACUACAUGCAGCCGGAAGACAUCAUCAAGUCUAACUCGGUCUGGAUUGCUGGAGGUUUUAUCCUCGGAACACCAGAAUAUCUUAUGAUCAUGAUAGAGGACUACAAGAAAACCACUGAGGAUAUGAUAUCUAAACGCUUGAUGGACACAGAUCAACAGGUUCUCUACAUCUUGUAUUCACAGUACUCGGAUAUCAAACCGCGAGUCCCUAUUCAAGCCAUUUAUCACCUGUGCCGUUGUAACUGGUUCUUUUUAGGGGAGCUGUGUCGUGAUGCGUACGACAGACAGUUCAGGCCCUUCGUUCCACUUCUUAACUUCUUUUCUCAGCUGUUAUGAUGUUGCAUGCCUUAGUAUCUCUACAAGAUAGGAUAUGUACAUGUAGCUAUUGUUCCAGAAUAAUUUUGAAAUUUUAACAAUCGUUUGUUGCAAUUUAGAGUCCUUUUGUGUGAAGAUGCAUUCCAUUUUAGACUGUCAUUUAAGGUACAUGUGAUAGUGGCAUUAGACAUGCAAGCAUUACAUCCUUUUGUUUAAGGAUAUUUACAAUGUACUAAGUAUUUGAAUUGUGCCUUGUAUUUAAAAUGUACCAUAUAUUUAAAAUGAUUACCUUUCUUAAAAAUGAAGCACACAGUGUUCCAAUAUUUUUUAGCAAAAUUAAUUUUCCAUCCUAAGGCUAUCCUUAAAGUUUAUAAAAUAUAGAAAUUACCUAUACAUGGAUUUUUGCUGCUAGAAUUGCUUUCAAUGUCAACAUUUUUUUAUUGAGAAUUGUUAUGAUUGAAACUACCGGUAUUCAGAAAAGUUUUGGAUAAGAGCUGAAAAUUAUUUGAUCCUUAAUAAGUCAAAGGAUAGCCUGGAUUUAAAUAAGAAUUAGUAUUACUACAACAAGAGUUUUUUCAUAUUUUAUAUUUACUCUAUAAGUUUUUUUUCACUGACUAUAUAGUAUAUACAUCUCCACACAUACUGUACAUAUUUAUACAGUAUUUAAUAUAGUAUUUAAUAAAUGCAUGCACCUUAAUUUACUUGGGUCUGUAGUUAGUGAUUUAAACUUUUUCUUAUUUUCCUUUUGUGAUUUUAUUUAUACAUUUUUGAUUUACUUUAUAUAGAUGUAUGAUACACGUGAAUAAUUUAUUCCAUUGUUUUAAUGAAGAAUCUUAAUAAUAAAGUCAGACAGAUCUCCUAUCAUAUCACAAUGUCAUGAUUAAGCCAAUAUUCUGAAUCGAUGUCCUUUUGUGGAUGAGGUUUUUUACAGAGAUAAAAUCUUUUUCCUUUGAUUUAUUGCACUCCUUUCUUUAGAAAAUAGAAAUCCAUCACCGGAAAGAUAUUGUUUUUAAUUCCUUUUGUGGGAUUAAAUGAACAUUUUGGGCAAGAAUAAUGCAGUUACAUUGUUUAUGAAUGAAAAUGAUUUCUUUUUUGGGAAUGGUUAGAUUCUUAAAUAUUACAAUUGAUAUAAAAGAGGUGGGAGUUGUUGAUUUUUUUUUCUUAAAUUGCUUAUAUUAUAUUCAUAUUAUCUUACUCAUUUUUGGAUAAUCAGGGUAGAUUUUGUAAAGUCAUUUCUCUUUUUUAUCAAGCCAUAUAUCUUUCCUCAUUAUAUAUAUUGUUUUUCAAUAUUCAUACAAAUGUUCGCUGACUUGCAUUCAUAUGUUGGUUAUACACUUAAAAGCUCAGCUUUAAAGAUAUAAAGCCACAGUAAAUUGUUUAAGAAAAUAGUAAUUAACCUGAACAGAUUGUUAAAUGUUUGCAAUGGAAACCUUACACUGUGUUAGAUUUUGUCCGUCGAGUAUAGGUUUGUCAUUUGUCUUCAGUGGAAUUUUUACCUCAUUAAUACAUGUAUAUGAAUUAAUGCAACAAUUGAAUGGAUUUUUUUUUUUAGGAUUUGUUAUGUAACAAAGAAGCAGUUCAAUAUUUACUAUACGUAAUAUAAUUAUGUCUUAUUGAUUAAAUAUAUGAUAAAUUUCUUCUUAAUUUACCCCAUAAAUCUGUGAUUUUUUUAAAAAGAAUUAAAUUUUGAUAGAACAAAGAAGCAGUCAUUAUAUUACAUGUAUAAAUGAUAAUUAUAUCCUAUGAAUAUAUGAUUGAUAAAUCUCUUCUUUUUUAACCACUUCAAUCUGUAAUGUAAUUUUUGAAAGGAAGGUAGUUUUGAAGUGUGUGAUCUAACAAAAAGAAGCAUUCAUUAUCAUCAUCCGAUAUAUCCAACAGACAAUUCAGAAUAAAAGAUAUCCAUCAAUCACUUUCUAACUACAGUGUAUUUGUCAGACAUUGCUUGUUAUGAUGAAUAUUUAUUGGCAUUAAUGUGAUAUUUGUUGUAUUAAUCACACAUCUUCAAACAUGUUUACAUCUUGGAUGUUAGUGAGUGUAAUAUUUAAAAUGGUCUCCUUAAUUGUGAAAUCAAAGCUUUUUCAAAGAUUGACAAUAUCCAACCAUACCCCAGUUCAAAGCUUGCAAUAUUUAUCAUAAUGUGCUGAAAGUUUUAAACUUUGACAAUAUCCCAAGGUGUUGUAUGUUUUAUUAUCAGUUAAAUCUGUAUAGGUAAAUUAGAUUAGCAUUCUAGAAUUCUUGAAGGUCACUAGAAUUAUGGCAAACUGUAAUCAUGUUACAUUGGUGCAAUCAACUUAAUUAGCUUAUGUCAUCUGUUAAUCAUCAUGUAAUGUAUGAACCAGUAGUUGCUAUUUCUAUCAGCAAAAUGUGGUUUUAUAAUUCAGAGGGCAAUAUUAUUUCUUAUUUCAAAAGUUUGUUUAUUAUUCAAAUUUAACAAAUUUACAUAAAUGUAUAAGACAUUAUACAUGUAGAUAAUGUGAGCUUGCCAGGUAUCAUCUAAAAUUAUUACCCUGACAAGAAAAAACACCUGUUGUCAUGUAUUGUUGAAAGUUUCUCUGUUCUAUCACCCUCACCCAGAUCAUUUUUUACUCUAUUGAAAACCACACCUGUUUUACUAUACUACACCUGUUUUAUCUAUAAGACAGAAACAUUACUUUUGAUUCAACAAUGAUUUUCAAAGAAGUGUACUGAAGAAUUAAUUUAUUCCAUGAUGUAUCUCAUAAUUCUUGUCCAGAUGAACAAUCCCCCAAACCAGUUUUUAACGGUUUUUAUAUAUUCUUUUGUAUUAUUGGUGCAUUUUUCUAAUGACUGAAACAGGGAGAAGGGGGUUGGGGCUAAAAUAGUUUUACAAUAAUUUAUUAUUAUAGCACAAUAUAGGUUGAGGGCCAGGCAUUGGGGGGGGGGGGGGGGGUAUUGACCUAUAUUCCCGAAAAUAUGGCAAUCAUCUAUUUAUUUGUAUAUUGUUCCUGUUGUGUAGAAACAUUUCAGAAGAAAAGCUUCUCUGUCAAAACCUGUUUCUGUUCAUAUGAUUAUAUUAACUUUAUGUUUUAACCCCCCGGGUGUGCUGUGUUUGUGUUUUACUAAUUUUAUUUUCUUGGCAGAAUUGAAUUCCUAAAAUAUUCUUGUUUUUUUCUCCGAACUCUUUCUAAAAAAAAAAAAAUGUCCCAAUAUCCAAUCCUGGAAAUCAUUUUUGAUACUCAAACUGAAUAAUGUAGUUUGUGUAAAUGUGAUAAGUUUAUUUAAUGAUAAAGAAAGUCUUUUAAUCAUAUUAUCAUUUCAUAUUACUUUAAUUAUUCCUUGGUUUUUGUAUUUUGUUUUAAAACAAAAUGAUUGAUUAUACUUCCAAAUAAAUCAUGUUUGUUUCUUU